AUGGAGAAGGUAGAAAGCUUAGGAGAAGUUUCAAAAUGGGAAGAUGUAAAUAGAGACAUACUUGAACUUAUCUUCAAUAGGCUCGACCUGAUAAUGGACAUUAGUAUGGGAGUUUCACGUGUCUGCAUCUCUUGGUUCCUUGCCUCUCAUAAAAGAACUUUGUGGAACACCGUCGACCUCACCAAGCUCCAAGAGUUAGAUGUCUCCAACAGUUUUGUCUUUAAGAGUAAAGUACGACCAAUCUUCUUCUACAGGUACCAACAUGUUGACGAUGUUGGAGGCCUUCAUAAGAAUCUUUUGGCUAAGAUCAUCUCCAGGUCAUUUCAUAACCUUUUCAAAGUAGAAGGCGGCAUAAGUCUCAUAGAUCUAUUGAUUGAGAUCACCAAGUUGAGCCGCACGGCCCCCAAGAAUCUGUUCUUUAACUUCAAUUCAUAUAUACAAGAAAAGGGUCUCAAGUUCGCUGCUGAGAAGAUGCCAAAUAUAGAGAAACUUGCUUUACCAAUCUGGUGCUAUCUAACCGAGAAUUCAAUGCGGUUUGCUUUUAGUCAGUGGAAGAAUCUUAAAACACUGAUCAUCGCUCAUGAAGAAUCUUUCACUGGGACAUUUGAGUUUCAAGCUGUGGGAGAGAGCUGUAGUAACCUAACCAACUUAAAAUAUGUGGGUUUUCUUAUAGAAUACAAGGCCAGUGAAAUGGUGAGUUACCUCCAGGGCCUCAAGAGGUUGAGUUUGCGAUGCUCUUUGGUUAGUAUGGAGACAGUUUACAAGCUAAUAACCGGCCUUCAAAACCUCACGAUUCUUAAUGUUUCGCAUUGCAAAUACCCGUAUAGUUAUCUUCCUUUUGCAAAUUCUACCAACAACUUUUUUGUAAUAGCCGUCUCUAAGAAGCUUGAAAUUUUUAUCACAUGUCGUUUCUUUCUGAGGAUUGGCGAAAGGACGAGAUAA